AUGCACUCCUCGCUUCCUCUGCGAGCCGGCAUCCUCAAGCGCUCCUCCUACUACAACUCUGACUACCGCAGCGGGGCUGCCUUGAUACGAGCCCGCCGGCCGUACCUAGUCAAGAACACUAUCACAGGCAUAGCGAUCUUCGGCUUUGCCAUUGGAGUUUUUGCAUUCACUCUCAAAGCUGUGGGCCAAGAGACCUUUGACGACGUCAUCGUCCCGUCAGACACGCAAGUCGUUGCGCCGAACUCGUCCACAGAAGCCGCAAAAUCACCGCAAAAUCAGAAUCAGUCGCCGAAGACCCCUACCGCACAGGCAAACGGGAUGCGCUCAUAG